CUCUAUAUCUCAUACCUUGCGUCUGCUGUCGAUUAUCAUGUCUUAAUAUCUUCAUAUCCUUUUUUUUGCAUAUUAUCCUCUUUAAUAUACUUAUUUUCAUACUUAUCUGGAUUACUUACCAAACAUCCUAACACACAUCGCAUGCCUCACCGACACUCGCUAUGACCUCAUCACUGCCGCCAUUACUUACUAAUGCCACCAAACACCGACGAGUACUCAACACCAACCGACCACGACGCUGACUAAUUAUAUAUCAUAGGGCCCAGAUCUAGAUGCGUUACCUACAAACUUCCAAUGACCCAUAUAAAGAUUAUUAAUCUUCACAAGAAAUGUCGUGUCUAUCAAAGACAUGAGAGAUGCCCGUUAUAAGCAACCCUACUAUCCCAUAUCUCCCAUCCCCCACACUCUCAUCCACCACCUCACCCUCCUUCUCCACAUAAUAACCUUCCUCACCUGCGCCCCGCCAACCCCCCCACCACCGCCGCACAUACCAUAUAACCCACCCCCCAAGCAACAACAGAUGUCCAUCCACGAGAUCCUCCCCUUCCACGAGGGCGAGACAAGCCUCCACCACACCCUCCACAUCCCCGACCGAGACAACCCCACGCAGCCUUUCCUCUCCCCCUUCGCCGCCAGCGUGCUCCAACGCUCCCCUCUCAUCGCCCUCGGCGCCGUCGACGAGCAAGGCCGCCCCUGGACGACACUAUGGGGAGGUGAGCCAGCCUUCGCGCGCUCCAUCGCCCCGUCUAUCAUCGCUAUCAAGUCGAGCGUCGCGCGCACACAUGAUCCCGUCAUGGAGAUCCUGCUUGGGGCUGCGACGCCGGGCGAGGUAGUACAGGGAGGUGAGAAGGGCGCGCUGAUGAGUGGCCUGGCCAUCGAUCUGGAAUCGCGGCUGCGAGCUAAGUUUUCGGGGCGGAUGAUAGCUGGUGCGCUGCAGGAGCCUGAGAAGGACAGUGGUGCAGCGGAAGUGCAGCUGGUGAUGAAAAUUGAGACGAGUUUAGGCAACUGUCCCAAAUACCUCAACCGCAAAACCAUCCACCCCGCCCUCCCCAACCCCUCCCUCCUCUCCACCUCCCUCCCCCUCCCCCCCGCCGCCAUCUCCCUCAUCCACGCCGCAGACCUCUUCUUCCUCUCCUCCUCCCACCCCACCUCCCCCUCCACCAACCACCGCGGCGGUCCCCCAGGCUUCAUCCGCAUCCUCACCAACACCUCCAGCGAACUAACUCUCGUCUACCCCGAAUACUCAGGGAACAACCUCUACCAAACCCUCGGGAACUACCGUCUCUCCCCCCUCGCCUCGCUGCUCAUCCCCGACUUCGCCACAGGGAAUGCGCUCUACUUAACAGGCCGCGUGGACAUCCUCAUCGGUCCCGCCGCCUCCGCGAUCCUCCCGCACACAAACCUCGCGAUAAAAUUCACAACUACAGAAUACCGCUUCAUCGCCACAUCCCUCCCCUUCCGCGCAACCCCCAUCGAACCAUCCCCCUACAAUCCUCGCGUCCGCCUCCUUGCCGCCGAGCAAGCCGCCGGCGCCACCGCGCAGGCCGGGGCCGCAGGCACCGCAACACUGCUUUCCCAGACGUCGCUAUCGCCGAGUAUAUCGCGCUUCCGGUUCCGGCUCGAUAAAGCCGCGAAUUGGAAACGGGGACAGUAUGUCGUCCUUGAUUUCAGCGAUGAGUUGGGGAUGGGGUAUAGUCAUAUGCGGGAUGAGGAUCCGCAGAGCUUGAAUGAUGAUUUGGUGAGGACGUUUACGGUGUCUUCUCCUCCGGCGACGGUGGAGGAGGGGGCUUCGACUAAGGAGUUUGAGAUUACGAUUAGGAAGGUGGGACGGGUGACGGGGUUUUUGUUUAAGAGGGAUGGGGGGAAGAGGGGGCUUACGGUGCCGGUGUCGGGGUUUGGAGGGGAGUUUGUGGAUGACGAUGACCUUACCGAGGGAGGGAGGGAGAAAACGGUGUAUAUCGCGGGCGGAGUCGGUAUUACACCCUUCCUUGCUCUAAUAGGCUCGAAGGUCGAUAAGGGUGUGACGCUCUUCUGGACGGUGCGAGAAGCGGAUCUAGGACUCGUAGCGGAUGCACUGAAGAAAAUCGAAGGUCUAGGUGCAGCGCUGAGAUUAUUUAUUACCGGCGUGGGAGCAGAAGGCGGGUUAGGGGGGAGAGUGGAUAAAGGAGAGGUGUUAGGGAGGAUCGUGAAGGAUGGAGGGGUGGUGUGGGAGAGGAGGAUUGAGAAGGAGGAUUUAGUGGGGGAGAAGGGCGGGACGAAAUGGAUGCUUUGUGCAGGGAAGCCGUUGAGGAGUAAGGUUCUGGAGUGGUUGGAGGGGGAGACGGUGAUGUUUGAGGAUUUCGAUUACUAAAAUGGGUUUAUCGGGUAUGAAUUUAUGAGGGUUACGAAGGUGCUACGGGCUUCAAAAUAGGGAAAUGGGUUUAAUGGUUUUCAUAAAAUAUUCUGGGGAGGUUACUAUAUAUUUAUCAACAUUAAAAUAAAUAAACUUUCAACAUCAGUACCUUAAUAAUAACUUUACC